AUGUUAUUCGACACAGUUGAUGACGCGUAUAACUUUUAUAAAACUUACGCAGAAGCGGGAGGUUGGACUGUAAGGAAGGGCACACAGCACGAGAACCGUGGUAUUGUUAUAAACAAGUACUUUUUUUGUUCAAAGGAGGGUCAAAAAGACUUUCGACCGGUCGAUACCUUAGUUGAACAGCCGUCUGAUAGGUGGGUACAUAGGGUACCAUCCAAAAGGACCGGAUGCCAAGCUGCGAUCAGAAUAAAGCUUACCGAUGCUAAGAAGUAUUUGUUUUAUCAUUUUAUAGAGGCGCACAACCAUGAUUUUGUGCAUCAAGAAGAUUUACAUCUUCUCAAGGAAAACAUGGGUAUUAAUCGUGCUCACGAAGAGAUGAUAAACAAGAUGUCACAUCUCAACAUUGGUCCUGUUCGUGCAUUUAACAUUAUGAAGGAAGUGUAUGGUGGGUUCGACAAAGUCGGUGCGACCAAAGUCGAUUUUAAAAAUUUCAAGAAAGAAUUAAAUCUUUUUAUCGGAGAGUUUGAUGCGGAAAUGUUUGUCAAGCGACUGAUGAGGAAAAAGGAGUUUUUACCGAACUUCUCUUGUGAAUAUGAAACGACAGACGAAGGUGUGUUGAAGUGCAUUUUUUGGGCCGACGAGGAUAUGAAGAGAAAUUAUUAUAUGUUUGGGGACGUUAUAUCAUUUGAUGCUACCUACAAGCGUAACAAGUAUAACAUGAUGUUUGUCCCUUUCACUGGGAUUGAUAAUCAUAAUAGGAACGUGACACUUGGUGCUGCAAUUGUCGGUUCUGAAACGGCAGAGACGUAUAGCUGGUUACUUAGGGCGAUCAAGAACGCAUAUGGGUACGCGCCUCCCGUAAUCGUUACUGACCAGGACCCUGCGAUGAAAAAGGCUAUAGCGGAUGUUUGGCCUGAGUCGAGGCAUCGGUUAUGUAUGUGGCAUAUCAUGGAUAAACUCACUACAAAGGUCUGGUUCGGGGCUGCCCUAUGUUCAAAUACAGAUUAUAGGAAAAGAUUGCCUGCAGUUGUUUGGAUUGAUUCUCUAUUGCCCGAAGCGUUUGAGGCUGAAUGGGCAGCUAUUAUUCACGAUUUCGGUUUAACCAACCAUGAAUGGCUGACGUAUAUAUACGGGCUACGUGAAUCAUGGAUUCCAGCUUACUAUCGCGAAGAAGAAAUGUCUGGUCUUAUGCGGACAUCAUCUAGGUCCGAAAGCGAGAAUCACUUUUUUGGCAAGAUUAGCAAUCCAAAGUGCACGUUAGUUGAAUUUCUUAGCCACUUCGAUACGGCUAUUGAAGCGCAAAGGCACGAGCAUCGGAAAAACGAUCAUGACACUCGAUACACCAACCCUGGAGAGUGGAGUGAUUUUGUUCUCGAGAAGCAAGCAGCUCAGAUAUAUACCAGAACUUUAUUUUUGGAUGUUCAACUCGAGAUUCAACAUGCUAUUCAUCGUUGUACUAGUGAUCUCGAUCAGCCAUGUUCUUUGUUCUUCGAGGUUAUGAUACGCGAGCAGGAUGUUACUGUUAAGUGUAUCUGCAACAGGUUUGAGCAGUUUGGAUUGUUGUGUAGUCACAUUUUUUGCGUGUUACGGAUUCUUGAUAUAAGGGAGUUUCCGAAACAAUAUAUAUUGAGGCGUUGGACGCGUGAAGCUGUUCCAAAUAGUUCCUCCAGGUCCAUUCUUACGGACGGUGGAGAUCCAGAUCGUAGUGAGGAGGUUAACCGUUGUGUUCGUGAGAUUAGUCACGCAACUGAGUAUGUUGUGAACAAGUUGAUUUCAAAAUUUGAUAAGUUGUCUAAUUUUUGUGAUCAUAUCAAGCAGUCUAUGUCAGUCGCUGAUGAAGCUCAAAUAAAUGCACCUCCCAAGACAUGA